AUGACUCGUUUCUUCUGCUGUGGAAACUACUUCCCAGGCUAUCCUUGUUAUGGAACCAACUUCCAUAGGACCUUCAGAGCCACCCCCUUGAACUGUGUUGUGCCUUUGGGCUCUCCCUUGAACUAUGGUUAUGGAUGAAAUGGCUAUGGCUCCCUAGGCUACAGCUUUGGUGGUAACAACAUCAGCAACCUAGGCUGUUGCUAUGGUGGCAGUUUCUACAGGCCAUGGGGCUCUGGCUCUGGCUUUGGCUAUAGUACCUACUAA